AUGAAAGUAUUUAUCGUUUUCGCACACCCAGAAGAGAAAUCAUUUAAUGGUUCCUUAUUAAAGGAAACAGUCGCUCAGCUCAAAUCCCAAGGUCACGAAGUCAAAGUGUCCGAUUUAUACAAACAACACUGGAAACCACAAAUUGAUGAAGAUGAUUUUCCUGCCACUCAUGAAAAGGGUACAAGAUUGCAAGUGGCUGCUGCUUCUGCUAAGGCCUUCUAUGGAAAUAAAUUGACUUUGGAUGUUGUUGAAGAACAAGAAAAAAAUCAAAUGGGCAGAUUUGUUAAUUUUACAAUUCCCAGUUUGGUGGUUCGGUAUGCCUGCCUCCUGAAAGGUUGGGUAGAAAGGGUGUUUAGUUUGGGGUUUGGGUAUGGUACUGGUGAAUACACCGACACCCAUUUCGGUGAUCGUUAUGGUGAAGGUGUUCUUACUGGUAAAAAGGCAAUGAUCAUUACCACUGUCGGGGGAACUGUUGAGCAUUACAGUGCAAGAGGUAUCAAUGGUCCAAUUAAUGAUGUCUUGUUCACAAUUAAUCAUGGUCUUUUGUUUUUCACAGGUAUGACUGUCUUACCUCCAUUUGUAACUUAUAAGACAGACUCUGCUACAGAGGAAGUCUUUCAAAAUGAGGCAAAGAAAUUGAGGGAAACUUUGAAGAAUAUUGAAACCAUCAAACCAAUUAAUUAUAGAAAGCAAAAUUUCGGUGAUUACAAUCUUCCAGGUUGUACAUUAAAGGAAGGUUUGGAACAACCUGGUGAAACUGGGUAUGAUAUCCAUAUUAUAAAAGAUUAG